AUGAAUCUACUUCAACUCCCUACAGAGAUUCUGCUCAUUAUUCUCCGCCUAAAGGGAUCUGCAUUUUUCCGCCGUAAUAUUCGUCGACUUGUGGUGUCAAAAUCGUGGUAUGAGCUCGCCAGGCUGGUCCUCCUUCAAGACCUUCAGUUGUCUGCCAAGUCACUUCCGAAAUUCCUCAAGGCGGACAUGAGUUCUUUGGUUCAUCAACACACAAGAACCGUCAAGGUCGCCUUCGAUGUUGUCCGAGAUCGCUGGGCGGUAUCCUCAGGAUCACGCCAUGUCUGGAGAAUAGUGGUUACAGACUGGACAACAAAUGUGGACAACGACUUGACAUCGCUUGCCUCCAUUUUACAAGGUUGCAGUAAUCUGCGCAGUCUCAAAUUGAGACCAAGGCCAAGGCCGCGUCCCCUGGGAAUGAUCUCGCAGACCUGGCUCUCGUCAGACGCUCUCGUCUCUCUCCUAUCUGUUGGCCACCUCACCUGCCUUGAAUUUGACACUGUCAGCACCGGGCUCCGUAGUACAACUAGCCACCGCAGGUCUGACAUUUGCGAAGUUAUCAGGGCGCUGCUCCCCACGCUUCGACGAUUGCGCUGUCGAAUGAGAAAGAUCUGCCCCAGAAUCCUGCUCCCUCCCGAAGAAGGCCCACUUUUGAGCCUCGAGGAGGUCAUCAUCAACUUGAACUUGGGUGAUCCAACCUCCCAUGAUCCGCCUCAGCACGCCUACCGAUGCGGCAUCUUUGUAUCCGGUUCACCUGCGACGUGGAAAGCGGAAAUGGAGUCAGGAGCAAAAGAUUUGGUGGAUAGAAUGGCAACACCGCGAGUUGUAAGGGUCUUGUCACGCUCACCGUCUGGCCCCCAAACGGAAUGUUUUGAUGCCAUUGCACAGCGUCGGAUGAUGCUCGCGCCUAGUGCGGCUUGGGAUGCAGAUGGAGAGGAGGUGGUGGAAACGGCGGCAGAUGAAGGGUCCUGA